AUUCAUUUUCGACAGCAAGUGGUAAGUUGCUAUAGCUGAAUCAGUACUUUAUCUUUCAUUUGUCACCAACUUUAUCGCACAAAGAAAUACGAUAAAAAAAAAAAGACAAAGAAUAAUUCGACAAAAUAACAAAUCGUGGAAAUUAAGUAACGUUUUGGAUCUUAAAUCUUCCUUCUCUUUACCUUUAAUUCAACGUAAAACCUUUAAACGAGCUUAUUCGUAUCGAGUCUUUCGUGAAGUGAAAAUUUCACACAUGAAAAUGCUACUUUAUAGUAACUAGCGUCACUGUAGUUUCCGCUCUCUGUAUAGCUACAUCUAUCGUGAAUAAACAUCACUCUUGUGGUUGUAAAUGUUUGGAUGGUGUGACAACGUCGCGUCUGCCGAACAUUUACUGGUAUAGUACAAUAAGUAGAAACCGGUAGAAUGAUCUAGAUUCGACUUAAAAUGCUCGGUAUAAUUGUAUCUGGUCGGCUUGUAAGUAUCCAAGUAUCAGUGAUUCGUUGUACAACUACCGACAUUGUAUUUCAUUUUCGAUAUUAAAUUGUCAAUUAAACAUAACCGUGUCGUAAGUGUAUCGGUGUAUCCUUACACUAGAACACAUUGUUUCCCGUUUCUUUGCUUCUUCCCAGUUUCUAAUGCUUUAAACAUUGUAUCGUUUUGUUUCGUAUCUCGUUUUUGUUACCUUUCAGUAAUGCCCUCACCUCACCCCAUCUUGUCGUCAACUUGCCACGAGCAUCUUUACAUCUAAUCGAACAUGUAAAUGUAAUGUCGACGAAUUGAGAUUUUGUCAAAUUUCAAACAGUAAAUUCGAAUUUUCAAAAGUCCAAUAUCCAUACCGUACGUAAUUAUAAACGUAACGUUCCUUUUUUUCUUUUUUUUAGGUGCAAACGGAUUUUCAGCAGAUAGGGGAGAACCAGUUUUUAAUAACAGUACCUGAUGCGGAUAAUAUAAACCAUAUUGUGGUAUUUCUCACUGGUACUAUACCAUUUCCUGAUGGGACAGGUGGUGCAGUGUACUUUAGUUGGCCGGAUCCAACUGCUCCGCCUAAUUGGCAGUUUCUUGGGUAUAUCUCAAAUGCCAAGCCAUCUGCCAUAUUUAAGAUAUCCACUUUGAAGAAGAAUCACGAAUUCGAAAACAGUAAUUUAGGAAUUUUUGGAGUGGGGAAGAUUUCUCACGUAGCGCAGAUAGGAGUUUCAGUGGAGCCUAUUGGAGCUAUAGAACAACAAGCAGCCACAGUAACAGAAGCUACGUCGAACUCUUUCCUAGAAUUCGUUCAGAAGAUGCUUACUAGCUUUUUGAAUUACGUUUCGAGUUUUUCUGUGACUCAGUCGCAAAUGACACCAAAUCCAACAGAAAACUUUGUACCACUCUCCGCUAUCCAAGGAUGGUACGAAACUUUUGAGAGGAGGUUACAACAAAAUCCAAACUUUUGGAAAGCAUGAUGAGAAAGAAACUGACUCUCGAUAGUUCGUUACCAUUUUGCAUAGUGACGCAUCAUUUUUCAGCACCCAUACUCACCUACGCGAAACGUCGCAUUAUGCGCAUAAAUUGAAAUUUUUUAUAUUCUCACUGAAAAACAAUAUCUUAAUAAUAAGAGUAAGAGUAAAUUACGAUGCUGUCGCGUACCUCACUCAAAAAUGCAGAGUUUGCUACCUGUAAAUGUUCAGCGUAAGUAUCAGCAUAAGUUUUUGUUAUUAUCUAUCAUAUUUUGUUAUACUAUGCUAUCAAGUACGUGAUUUCUGAUUUGGUUAUGAAACGGUACAUCGCUGUUAUAUCAUCUUUAUUUGGAACGCUUUUAUUUGAAAAAUGUUGCAAACAUGUAAAUAUAUAUAUAAUUAAUUUACGGUAACGUGAGAAAAAAAGAAAAAGAAAAAACUGAAUUUACGAUCAAAGCGAUAUAAGAACGAAAUGACGCAUGCGUGAACUUCCAUUUUGUUCGUCAAGUUUAUGGAUAUCCACGAAUGAUCAUAGAACUAGAGUGUCACGUUAUAUGAGAAAAAUGUCGAACGAUCGUCGAGAAAUUUGUACUUCUACGAGGUCAAAAUUGAGAUUUAUUAAUUUGUAUUUACACAAUAAAAUUUUAUCGAAUACACUA